GAAAGAAAGAAAGAAAAAGUGCUGUCUUCUUCUUUUAAAUAUAUAAAUACAUCUUCUAACUACCUUCCUCAUCUAAAUAAGCAUGGCUGAUUCAUCUACACCCAAGGGCACCAUCCGAAAGCGCGUUACCUCGCGUUCCAACACUAGCACACCCAGAGGUGGUGUUCCUGGUGGAAGCACAUCGAGCAUGAUGCGCAUUUACUCGGACGACUCUCCCGGACUUCGCGCUGAUCCUGUUGUUGUCCUUGUUCUUUCACUCGCUUUCAUUGCCUCUGUAUUCGGUCUUCACAUCGUUGGCAAGUUCUUGCGCAAUUAAGCAAACCAAUUGACAAAUUUCAAAUGCCAAAUUCCAAAUGCCAAAUUCCACAGUAAAGAUGAAGAUGAAGAUAUUAAAAAAAAAGGACACCUUUAUAUAUACAUACACCGAUCCAACCCUCUCCAAAUCCAAAUCCAAAUCCAAAUCCACAAUCACUUUUACAACAAAAAAGAAAAAGAUGAAGCACCAGCUUGUUUGUUUGUUUUUUUACCCAAUUCCUUCAAAUACAUCUAAAGAACCAAAUUAUAUAUAUAUAGUAUAUAUAAUAUAAUAUAAUACAAUAUUAAGACAUGAUAACC